AUGCUACGGCAUCAAGAAUAGCUCUCAGGCUACGCAUGCCAUCGGGCAUUAUCCGCACUCGUGUUUCUUGCGUUCUAGUCUCGACGUUCAAAUUUCGCGGCCGCACAGAGGCAAGUCGUCGCAGACACGGCAACAUGGCAAGAACGGCAAGUGUACGAAGGGAGAUACACAGGUAUUCGCAGGGACAAAUUUGGGAAGCCCAAUCCCGAAGACGAUCGCGGUCUGUGCCCCUCAGUAGGGAAAGCUGGGCGCCGGAACGUGAAUAUGGCGAAAUACUCCAGCGCAGCGUAUCACUCAUGUCCAGAGCCAGGAGACGGCCACAUAGCAUCGUCUCAGAGUGCACAUCUCCCGACGGACGUGAUAAGCGACGCGAGCAGCCCGCUUACGAGGAGUCGGAGAGUGACGAGGAAGAUCGCAGAAACGGCGUUCCUAUCACCAUUUCCCAAAAUCGGGGAUGCGAACUCACUCCAUGUCUACGGGCGUACAUAUCCCGGGAGAGGGACCGGAAGUUGGCAGACAAGCGCCAAAUCCAGAAGCAGCUAUCCUCCCAGAAGUCCAAGUACGACUGGGCCCGGCAGUGCUAUUUCGAGACCCGCGGCCAGAACUGGGAUGCGGACACAUGGGCUGCCUUCAUCGCGCUCGAGGAUGCAUACUUCGAGACGGUGGACAAGCUUAACAGCUUGGAGUUUGAGAUAGAUCAGUUCAGCACCGCGUUAUUAAGCUUUAAGGACCACGGGCGCAUAAGCGGGUGGUCCCGCGAGGAUGGGGUUCUGGUUAGGCGUCUCUCGCCGGACCUCACUGCUACCGAGUAAAUAUAAACAUCGCCCACCUCGGUAUGUAUACUCGGCGAUCGCUAGAGGGCGGAGGGGGAAGGGAUCGAAGCUCAGGAUCCCAUCUAUCGACGAGGGCCUGAUAUAGCGGCAUAAUUAGUGAGCUAAACCCAGCGACGGGGUGGAGGACUACUAGUAUACGCCACAAAGGGCGUAAGCUCAGGUAGGUAUGUAUGUGUGGCGGAUUCCAUGCUUGUUUUGGUUUUUAUAGGUAUAUAUCCUUCUAUUCAUA